UUGACAGCCGAAACGAGCGAUUGUAUAUUGGCUAAUCUCUAAUGCUCUAAUGGAUUAAGUUUAACCUGAUCUACCCGAAACUCGCAGUUAGAGAAUGCGUAUUUAUUUUAUUUCGUUAUUAUUUUUAUUUAGUAUUUAAAAUUAACUGAAAUAGAUUGCAUAAUGUGAAAAAAUAUACAUGUCUUCAUCAUGCAGAAUUAUGAAUGAUAUCAACGUGAUAUUAUAGAUCUCAGCAUUACAUUAUAAUUACGAGCAAGCACCGCAAAAGCAGAACAAAACAAUAGCAGAAGGAAAUGUUAUAAUAUCAUAAUAACAAUUAUGUCUGAUCAAGUUACUGUUCCAUUAUUUAUAGUUUUAGUUACAAUAGUCUGUGUUAAUUAUUCUUUGCAUAAGGUGGAAGAAGGACAUGUUGGUGUUUACUUCAGGGGUGGUGCAUUAUUGCAACAAAUUAGCAGCCCAGGUUUUCAUUUGAUGUUACCUUUUCUAACAUCGUAUAAGUCUGUGCAGGUAACAAUACAGACUGAUGAAGUGAAAAAUGUGGCAUGUGGCACAAGUGGUGGUGUAAUAAUUUACUUUGACCGAAUAGAAGUUGUUAAUAUACUUAAUUCUAACAGCGUUUAUGAUAUUGUUAGAAAUUAUACUGUUGACUAUGAUAAAGUUCUUAUUUUUGACAAAGUUCAUCAUGAGCUCAAUAAAUUCUGCAGUGUUCAUACUUUACAUGAAGUUUAUAUUGAUUAUUUUGAUCAGAUCGAUGGGAACCUAAAAAGAGCUUUGCAAAAGGAUUUAAAUGAAAUGGCCUCUGGUUUAAUUAUACAAGGAGUGCGUGUUACUAAACCUAAGAUACCUGAAACUAUUCGAAAGAAUUAUGAAAUGAUGGAAGGAGAAAAAACUAAGCUUCUCAUUUCGAUACAACAUCAAAAGGUAGUGGAAAAAGAAGCUGAAACAGAACGAAUGCGAUCUAUAAUUGAGGCUAAAAAACAAGCAGAAGUUGCUAAGAUUGUCAAUGAACAAAAAAUAUUGGAGGCCGAAUCAUUGCAGCGCAUUGAACUGAUUGAAAAUGAAAUAAAACAAGCACGAGAAAAAACUCGUGUUGAUUCUGAGUUUUAUGAAUCAUCUAGAAAAGCAGAAGCAAACAAAAUUCUUCUCACUAAAGAAUAUUUAGAGUUAAAACGAUAUGAAAGUUUAUUAUCAAGCAAUAGUAAAGUGUACUUGGGUGAUGGAUUGCUAAAUAAAAUGUUUGUGGUCAACAUUGAUGAAGAUAAAAAUCAGUGUAUAAAUGUAUAA